AUGGCCGCCGAACUUCCGGCGGUAAAAUCCGUGGAAUGUCCCGCCGCCGUCCGGGCAUGCCGGCAGUGGCGGCGGCAGCGGCGGCUGGAGCCUCUGAUUGGGUUUCGGGGUCCGGUACUGGAGCCAAUCAGCGCGGGCAGCGAACCGGGGGAGCGAGGCACGCACGCUCGGCCCGGGUCUCCGGCCCGGCGCCGUUACCACCCCCUUUUGGCUCGUCAUUUCCUCUUCUCCCCGCCCCGCUCGCCCGGGCAGAACCGCACACCUCCGUCUUGGAGUCCGACCAAGCGGUUUCCCUUUCUUGUCCUGGCUGUGCAGCCGGGCCAGUCCAUUCGGACCAAAAGAGACCAGUGCCAGCAGGGUACUAACAUUUCUCUGUGUUCUCUUGCACAGAUACAGUUGGUCCCACCUGGACAGAUUCAGAUCCAGGGUGGGCAGGCUGUGCAGGUACAGGGCCAGCAGGGCCAGACCCAGCAGAUCAUCAUCCAGCAGCCCCAGACGGCAGUCACUGCUGGCCAGACCCAGACCCAGCAGCAGAUUGCUGUCCAGGGACAGCAAGUGGCACAGACUGCCGAAGGGCAGACUAUUGUCUAUCAGCCAGUGAACGCAGACGGCACCAUUCUACAGCAAGGCAUGAUCACCAUCCCAGCAGCCAGUUUGGCAGGAGCACAGAUUGUUCAGACAGGAGCCAACACCAACACAACCAGCAGUGGGCAAGGGACUGUCACUGUGACACUACCAGUGGCAGGCAAUGUGGUCAAUUCAGGAGGGAUGGUCAUGAUGGUGCCUGGUGCUGGCUCUGUACCUGCUAUCCAAAGAAUCCCUCUCCCUGGGGCAGAGAUGCUCGAAGAAGAGCCUCUCUAUGUGAAUGCCAAACAGUACCACCGUAUAUUAAAGAGGAGGCAAGCCCGGGCUAAACUAGAGGCAGAAGGAAAAAUUCCAAAGGAAAGAAGGAAAUACCUGCACGAGUUUCGGCACUGUCAUGCCAUGGCUCAGAAACGGGGUGAAGGUGGAUGGUUUUUCUCUCCAAAGGAAAAGGAUAGUCCCCAUAUGCAGGAUCCAAACCAAGCAGAUGAAGAAGCAAUGACACAGAUCAUCCGAGUGUCCUAACCCCAGGCCAUGUGAUGGAGCAGAUCAAGGUCAUGUUCCUCACCACUGUUUCCCACUGUUCCAGGAAAUUGAUCACCUCUUCCAAUGGGACACUGACGAUUACGUGCUGCCCUUUUCUACAGGACAAACCACUUAGUUUUUAAUAAGUGGCUCAGUAUUAUAAUUGCAGCGAUGUCUGGCAAAUUGAAGUCAUAAGCCUUUGUCUCGCCCUUUCAGGCAGGACCUAUUUCAGACUGUUGAUGACAUUGACAUUUCAUGGAUUAGGAUGAUGCAAGGGACCUGUGCACAUAAGUGCACACACAGCACUUAUGUUGGCUUCUGAAGCCAGCCAGCCAUCUUAGCUAGGGAGAACAACCUUCUCAACCGAGACUGAAAUCAGGGAAGCCGACGCCCACUCCUUCCCAUGGAAUCUAAGCAGCAUCCAUCCUCUGAGGGGGGAUCUCCGGCUGACUCACUGGACACUUUGUAUUCAGAGGUGGCUUCCAGGCAAGGAAGUUCCAUCUUAUAACAUGGAAACAAUAAAUUCUCUGAGAAUUCAUCUAAUCUGUGGUAAUAAUAGGAAUCUCUGUCUACCCAGAUGAUAGGUUGGUAUUUUUGGACUCCAGCCAAGAAAAGCUAACUCUGGGGAUAGAAUGACAAAAGACUCAAGCACUAAAACUAUAAAUUGCUGAAUCUCUCUUUUUUU